GCAAGCGCUAUGAGUUUUUGAGCGACUGGCUCCUGUGGCCAUGGCGGCCGACACAGGUGGUGGUUUAUGCCCCAACAUGAAUUUUCAAAACAAACUUCUUAUUUAUUUUUAUUUUUUUAAUUAUCAUUUAACUUCUAAAUCCGUAAGCAAAUCAUUAAAAAGUUAACAUUUUCAUACAUUCCCUUUAUUUAAUCAUCAGAGUCAUGCCAAAAAGUGGAAAGAAAGGUGUUAAGAAACACUCCAACCCUGCAUCAGAUAUUAAGCUUUCAGAUUUUGCAAAUAGUUCUGCUCGUGCUGGAAGGCUUCGAAAAUCUGUUGGAACCUCCCUAAGUAAAGAAGCUGAAGAUAUAAGAAAUGUAGAUGAUGAUGACACAGCAUGGUAUGAAAAAGACCUCGAUGAAUUCCAAUACCUAGAUAUUUCUUCCACAAAUAGAAAAAAACUACGAACAAAAACUCCCCCUGAAGAAUCUCUUAAUCGCCCAGGCAUUUGUUAUCCCAUUGAUGUAUGGUUUUUAAUUGGCUCUUACAUAAAGCCAGAAGAUGUUAAAUUAUUUGCAUCCAUAUGUAAAGAUUCCCAUCGUGUCAGCAGAUCCUAUUCAUUUUGGAUGAGAAUGUAUAAAAGAUAUUAUCAGCCCAAUGACCACCUUCCAGCCAGACUGCAACCUGAAUGUAUAGAACAAGCUUUCUGUCUCAAAACUUCUGUCAUACGAGCUCUUUAUUACAUGUAUCCUAACUUCGUUAACCAACUGUCGUCUCGCAUGUCUAACACAGAUGUAUAUUGUUUGUCAAAUCUCUGCUGUACAUUGAUGUGGCGGAUUCAACAGAAUGGAAAGUGGUUGUUCCAUUUCAAAUUCACAACAUCAGCCAGUGCAUCCAUCACUCCAUUAACAUAUAAAAGUGUUAUGAAUGAUUGGUGGACAGGCCAAGAUGUCUGUAGAAAAAGUCAAGAUCGGUACGUCAAUUACAACCCCGAUGAAGGUUGCAAAAUUUUGCGCUUUACGUGCUCACAUUAUGUUUUGGUUCCUCCCAUGGUAAUGGGAAGUCGUCUCUGUGAUGUGCGCAUUAAUUUGGCUCAUGAUAUGCGUCGCCAAAAGCUGCAGUUGACAUUUGGUCACUCGAAUUAUAGGCAGUCAAAUAAGAGCUCUGGUUUUUACAAAGAUAGUUCUGGCUAUAGUGAUGUUGUUGAAUUUGAUGCUGUGGAAAAUUUAAUGAUUCUAAAUUGGUGGCAUCCUCAAUACCCCUUUGAAUACAAUGCAUGAUUGUUGAUUCUUUUUUUUUAUGAAUGAUUUUGAUUUUAUUUACAAAAGAAGUUAUUUUGUUACUUAGUUUUUAUUUCUAUGAGAUUUAGCAUGUCAUGUGAAUUUGACAAUGUUUUUACCGUCAUGAGGCCAGUAAAGAAGCACACAAAAUUUUCAUAUCUGUAACAUGAUUUGAUGAAUGAAAAUGUUACAAUAAAUGUCUGCAUUUAAAAUUU